CUCAGUUCUUGCUCUCAAGUUUAUAUAUUGCUCUGUAUCUUCCCGAUAAUGCAAGCAAGAAGAGUGGAUUGAGAAGGUUAGGUGAAUUUCAUCCAUGGCAAAGCUGAAACAGAGCAACUCUGCUUGUGUGUGUCUGGUUAUUAUCUUCUUCCUCAGUGCUUCCUCUGUUUCAAUUUGUGCGCGCGUGGCACCUCUCUUGCAGACCUACGAGAAAUCGAUCUUCACCUCAGACUUUCACUCCAUUUACGACACUUCCAAGUAUGGUAUACUUCAGCUCAACAACGGUUUGGGUCGGACGCCUCAGAUGGGGUGGAAUAGCUGGAACUUCUUUGCCUGCAAUAUUAAUGAAACAGUCAUUAAGGAGACAGCUGAUGCACUUGUAUCAACGGGUUUGGCUGAUUUAGGUUAUGUGUACGUCAACAUAGAUGAUUGCUGGUCUUCUGCAGCAAGAAAUUCAAAGGGUCAACUGGUCCCUGAUCCUAAGACUUUUCCAUCAGGAAUCAAAGCUCUUGCAGAUUAUGUACACAAAAAGGGGCUUAAGCUUGGUAUAUAUUCUGAUGCAGGGGUAUUUACAUGUCAAGUCCGACCAGGAUCACUUUUCCAUGAAGUUGAUGAUGCAGACACAUUUGCCUCUUGGGAUAUAGAUUAUUUGAAGUAUGACAACUGCUACAAUCUGGGCAUCCCGCCAAAAAAAAGAUACCCACCAAUGCGUGAUGCCCUGAAUGCAUCUGGACGUGCAAUUUUCUAUUCACUAUGUGAAUGGGGUGUCGAUGACCCUGCUUUAUGGGCAGGCAAGGUUGGAAACAGUUGGCGCACAACUGAUGACAUCAAUGAUUCAUGGGUCAGCAUGACAACUAUUGCUGAUCUGAAUGACAAGUGGGCAGCUUAUGCUGGUCCUGGAGGAUGGAAUGGUAAAAUUUAUGUAUUUUUCUAGUAAUUUCUGUAAACCAGUUGAUAACCAUUCUUGUUUAUUCUGCAUGUUAUCUCUCUUGG